GUUCCGAUAAAUGUAGUAAUUUUCUAGGCAACACAGAGCAUGCAAAUCUAACUCUUCUUGUCCCACUCACCUUUCAUAUGUGCAUAUUUUCGUAUUCGUAUCAACGCUCGCAAGCGGAGAAACCUCGCGGCAGCUAAUUAACUGAAGCUACGACCGACGGAUGUGGUCAUUUUGUCAUCACCACAAAAUCGCGCCUCUGGACACUCAACGCGUUGAGUUUGGUCGCCUAUUGUCGUAGACUCCUGGCAAUGUCGAAACGACAAGCCGAAACACCACUCGAAGAGCUCGAUGGUCGGUCGCCGCUGCUUAAGAAACAUCGUACGGGCAACGACACCACGACACGAGCGCUGCCCUUCCAUGAAUAUACAAUCGGACAUCGCGAAUCACAGGCUUCAAGCAUAUCAACGCCUUCCUCAGCAAACUCAGAGAUACUCGCUAAAGCUCACGAGAAGGUUAAGUACGACGAGGAUGACGAGUCUGCGAUUUCAACGACAAGGCGGCAGAUGGCGCCGGAAGAAGGCUACGACGACCUCUACCUUGACACCAUAAACAGAUCAGUGCUUGAUUUUGAUUUCGAGAAACUAUGCUCCGUCACGCUAUCGAAUAUCAACGUAUACGCCUGUUUAACAUGUGGGAAAUAUUUCCAAGGAAGGGGACCAAAGUCAUUCGCCUAUUUUCAUGCACUGGAAGAGGAUCACCAUCCAUACAUUAAUAUGGAGACGAAAAGGGUUUACAUAUUACCCGAAGGGUACGAGGUCAAAAGCAAAAGUCUGGACGAUAUCAAAUACGUCGUUGACCCAAAGUACACGAAAAUGGAAAUGCAAACAUUGGACAUGAAGAGAGAGCCAGUGUGGGAUCUCAUGGGCCGCAAAUAUACCCCCGGAUUCGUAGGCAUGAACAACAUCAAGGCCAAUGAUUACUUCAACGUUGUAUGCCAUGCUCUCGCUCACGUAACACCUCUACGAAAUUUCUUCAUGCUCGAAGACCUGUCCGCGAAGCCACAGCUCGCUCAACGAUUUUCAAUACUCAUACGUAAGAUCUGGAAUCCACGCGCCUUCAAGUCUCAUGUCUCGCCCCACGAACUCCUCCAGGAAAUAGCUCUUCGAUCUUCGAAACGGUACACCCUCACAGCACAAUCUGAUCCUGUUGACUUUCUUUCUUGGUUCCUGAAUCAUCUACAUCUUGCGCUCGGUGGCUUAAAGACCAAACCUUGGACCUCCAUCGUUCAGCGUGUCUUCCAGGGUCAGCUCAAAGUUGAAUCACAAGCGAUCACUGCUCGCGCUGCCCCCGGCGAUCGUCUUCGAUUCGAAGAUGCAGACGUCCAAACUCAACUCUCACAUUACCUGAUAUUGACUUUAGAUCUUCCCGCAACGCCCCUCUUUCAAGACGAUCAGGACAAGAACAUCAUCCCGCAAGUUCCGCUCACGACCAUACUAAACAAAUAUGACGGCGUAUCUGCGCAAGAACGACUAAACACCCGUGUGCGCUACCGCCUGAUCCAUCCACUUCCUCCCUACCUCCUCUUCCAUGUGAAACGCUUCAGCGUCAAUAAAUUCGUGCACGAACGCAAUCCUACCAUCGUCACCUUCAACCCUCGCUCGCUAAAUAUGACGCCCUAUGUUGAACCAAACCCGGCAAUACAUCCAUCCAUGGAACCCAUAUUGUACGAUUUGAUUGCGAAUAUCACACACGAGGCUGUGAGAACGCGCGACGAUAGUGUCGAAGGCGAACAAGAGCGCAAAGUGUGGCGCGUACAGUUGCUUGAUCGAGCUCUGGACGAAUGGAUUGAAGUGCAAGAUCUAUUUGUAGAGAAUGCGAGGGCGGAGACGCUAUUUACGAAGGAGAGUUACGUGCAGGUUUGGGAGAGGAGACGGUUGCCAAACCGAGCUCGAGAUAAGGGUAGCGGGAGGGCUUGACAGCAGCGGCUUUAUGUAUGAUGGCAGAGCUCUAGUUUGACACACAAAUAGGCUUCUAGUAAUGUUAAAAUGCGCUAUACGCC